ACCCUGCUAAUCAUACAGACACCUUAUAUUUAAUAGUAUCUGUUGAUUGCCUUUACUAGAUUACACCCUCAGUAAUUUGCAAUCUGUUUGUAAAAAGUGUUUUAUACAUGUUUCUGUUGCACUAACGCAGUUUUGACCAGCAGGCGUCACCAGCGUGAGGCGUUUAGAGUGCUUCGAAACUAGGAAUCAUUUUGCGAAUCAAUUGGUUCAGUUGAUUCAAUGCUCGAAAAGCUUCGCUUCCCCAUAGACAUUUAAAUACUUGUCCGUUGCAGCGUGUCCUUUAGAUGGCGCUGAAUUUCCGCGCGUUUCCUUUUCUUCUUCUCCUGUUUUCUGUGCGUUGUAUAAACUUCCGGCGGGAGCUUCACUUCUGUAGCGCUCAGCUGCGAUUCGGUUCGUUUCGAAGGUUCCGCUGGCUCGAGUUCAGCCGGUUUCGACCCUGCGAUGUCGUCGCUUCACCCCGGAGACCCGCAGCUGGUGUCGAUGAUCGUCAAUCACCUGAAGACCGAGGGUCUGUUCGAUCAGUUCCGCAGAGACUGUCUCGCGGACGUGGACACAAAGCCGGCGUAUUUGCACUUACGACAGCGAGUGGAUAACUUCGUGUCCAAUCAUCUGGCAAACCACACAUGGAGCCCACAGCUGAACAAGAACCAGCUGAGAAACAGCAUCCGGCAGCUGGUCCUGCAGUCAGGCAUGCUGGAGCAGGGAGUGGACCGGAUCGUGGCUCAGGUCGUCGAUCCGAAGGUCCAUCACUCCUUUCGGCCGCAGGUGGAGCGUGUCGUCCGGAGGUUUCUGUCUCCAAACAGCCACGUGGAGGAGGACGAGCUUCCUCCUGUAGCUCCGCCCCUUCCUGCGGAAAACCAGGAAGCUGAACUUCUAACUGUAUACCCUGGAAGUGAUGCUGCUGGAUGCUCCGGCGCUGAUGAUGUCCAGAUCCCAGAGACCAGUGGCACUGACCCGAGCCUCGAGCACAGAGACGAGGAAAUGGACAUCAGCCUCCCCGAGGAGACGGAGGAGGAGCCGGAGGAACCACAACCUGGGAAACAGGAAGAGGAAGAGGAGGAGACGGAGGAGGUGAAGGACGAGGGAGACGCCGGGAACGGCAGUAAAUCCUCCGGGAAGAUCCGAGAGGAGAACCGCACAGACACAGACUCCCAGAAACCCUCCAGCGUCAAACAGAAGACCAGAGAGAGACUCAGAGAAGAGUACUCUCUGGAGGACUCUGAUCUGGACGGUCUCAGUGACAUCACGGUGAGUUCGGUCCACACCAGCGAUCUGUCCUCGUUCGAGGGAGACAGCGAUGAGGACGAGCCCCUGUCAGACUCCACCGAGGAGGGAGAGAUCAGCUCGGGGGAUGAGGGGGGGCGGGAGACGCCGGCCGGGGAAGACUCGGAGAAGAAGCCUCGGGGUGUGAGACAGGGAUACGUACACAAGCCCUUCCUGUACUCACGCUACUACAGCGACUCUGAUGACGAGGUGACGGUGGAGCAGCGCAGACGCUCGGUGGCCAAAGACAAAGAGGAGCGUCUACUGAAGCGGCAGCAGAACCGCGAGCGAAUGGAGGAGAAACGCAGACUGAGAGCAGCGCAGAACGAGGAACAGGAUCGCAAGAGACCCCGAGCUAAAGAGGCUCGAAAAGAGAAGAAGGUCCUGGAGAAGAAAGUGGCUCUGAGCAGACAGAGAAAGAGAGACUCCAGGAAAGAGGACGACAGGAAGAAAAGUGACACUGAAAGUGAUUCAGUCAGCAAAGAUGUGAAGCCGGCGGGUCUGAAGUCAGUGCGACGGCCGUCUGAUCUUGAGGAGCAGCGCAGGAAGAAGACCGACAGCGAGGAGAAACACCCUGACAAAAACCGCGUUCACUCCUUCAUCCUGGACCUGGAGCUGGGAACAGAAGAACGCCGCAAAAACACUCGGAAAGACCCGCUUUCCAAAGAAAAGGAGCGCAAGGAGAAAGAGGACCGCGUCCCUGACGAACGACUCAAGCACAAACUCAAGACGGAGAGCAGGAAGAGCGGAGACGCCGCGGCUGAAGAGAAAGAUGGAGGGACUGUGAAAGGAGCAGCUGAUGAGAAGAAGGGGUCAAAGGUCAAGACAGACAGGAAGAGUUCGGUGUCAUCUCGAGAAGGCAAGACGAGUGUGUCUGAAGCGGUGGAUGAAGCGAACCUGAAGAAAGGAAAGAUGGCUGUGAACGAGAAAGAGAAACCGAAGGGCGACUCGAAGCUGCUCCGGCGUCUGGACUCCACCGGCUCCUCAGAGGAGAGGUCAGAGGUCGAGACGGGUUCAGAGGUCAGCCGGAAGAAAGACAAGCACCCUAAAGAGAUUCUCAAGAGGGCAAAGAGUCACCCGGAAGCUAAACCUGUAGAGAAGCCCAAGGUGCGGACGGAUAGGAAGGAUUCGUCUGUGGACAAGACUCAUCCACAGAAAUCCGGCUCGGAAACCGAGAGCGAGGUCAGAAAGACAGAGACGGGUUCAAAGGUCAAAUCCCUAACGGAGAAGCACAAGUCUAAACCCCAGAAUCCCACUGCGGGCAAAUCAGACAAAAAAACGGAAGCCAAGAGUAAAGCAGGAACCACAGAACAGAAGAAAGAGGACAAGAAAACCUCAGAGGAGAAACCGAAGCUCUUGAAGAAAACAUCCGAGAAGAAGGUGGAGAAAGAUUCCGAGAGCAAGUCUGGAGAGAUGGAGAGUCCUGGCACUGGAGAACCACUAGAACCCGCCGCGGCCUCCGGUUCCACACCUGUACCAGACGAUCCGUACGCCGCUCUGAGUGACAUCACUCCAGAAACUGAGGACGAGGACGCCGUGGUCAGAGAGCCCCGCCCACUGACUGCAGAAGCCGACGCCCUCUUGAGCCUGAUGGGUGUCCACACCUCCGCCUCAGAGCUCUCUGUCCAGAGGGAAGCGGAGGCCGAUAUGAUGAUGAAGGAAGCGGCGCUGGCACUGCUCUCCAUGGAUCCAGAUACCGCUCGCUCCUCGGAUCUCAUCACGGAUUCUCCGGUCGCUAUGGAGACACUCCCUACAGGCAGUGAGGACACAGGAAGUGGGUUACAGUCCUCUGUGAUCGCUACAUCUACCGCCACAGCAGAGCCCAUGGAGACAGAGGCUCUCGGGUCACAGGAAGUGACAUCAGAGGCUGGAGAUGAGCAGACCGAUGAAAGACUUACAGCAGAUGCAACUGAGCCCACACAGUCUCUCAUUCCAGAUGCAGACGAGUCCCUGCAAACUCUUAGUGCAGAUGCUGCUGAGACAGCUCAGACCUUCACUGCAGACACAGCUGAAUCCACGCUGACAGUCAGCACAGAUGCAGCCGAGCUGGCAGACAUGCAGUCCAUGCAGACCUUCACUGCAGAUGCUGCCGAGUCCAUGAAGACUGGUCUUACAGAUACUGCUGAGACAGGACAGACCCUCCCUGCAGACAUGGCUGUGUUACCUGCUCACACCCUUGCUGAAGAUGCAGUGGGAUCCAUGCCAGAGGUUACAGCAGACACAGCUGAGCCUGCGCAGACGAUCACUACAGACACAGCUGAGCCUGCGCAGACACUCAAUACAGAUCCAGAGGAGCCUGCGCAGACACUCACUGCAGACACAGAAGAGACAGACACGGAUGAGCCUGCGCAAACGAUCUCCACAGAUGCAGCUGAGCCUGAGAUGGACUCUACAGAUCCAGGCACUCCAUCGGUCUCAGACGAGCAGAAGCAGAGGUCAUCAGAUGACUCUGAGAUGGUGGAGCAGACGGAGAGCGGCACGCAGUCAGGACGAUCAUCCGCUCAGAGGACAGCUAAUCAAACCAGCACUGAUGCUGAAAAAGAGCAAACGGCUUCUAAAGAGGUGAGUUUUCUUCUUUUUCUCUCUCCUUUUCUGGCAUGUAAGGAAAAAAAUCAUGUUAAGUCAUGACUUAUGAGACCUAAUUGUUUAAGAUUGGGCUUUUAAGUCGAAAUUAGACAUACUAAGUCAUACCAAGUCAUAAUUAUG